AUGUCAAACAAUGAAUUUUCACGAGGUCUUACUGAAAAACGCCAUCUCUAUACACCAAUUCAUCGAAGAACCCACUCUACUAACAUAGAAACAGUAAAAGGAAUCGCAUCUGUGCAAAGUCAUCGUCGAACUUUAUCAAACACAGCACAAGAAUUUACUCCGAUUCAAAACCCUCAGCCAAUCAAAAAUUCAUUUCGCCCACUUCUAAAUAUCGAGCCAGCUCGAGAGCCCCUAACCCCAGAUUCAUUAAAUUCUCCUGCUUCUUCUGCAUCAAGCCAGCAUAUAAAAAGUAACAAAAAAGGAUUCACAGGACUUUUAGAUGCAGCGAUUAGCUAUUUUAGCCAUGAACCUCAAUUGGUUAUUCAACCUCCUUCAAAUGAGAUUAACGAGAUGAAAAAAGAAAUCCGGCGAUUGACUGAAAAGCAGCUGGAAACAGAAAAAACCAAUGAAAAGCUAUUAAACGAUUGCUCAAUAAUGAAAAUGGCGCUUGAAGAACAGAAAGCUAAAAAAGAAAAUUAUGAAAAGCAUAUUCAAUCAUUGCAAGGCUAUACCCAAGAGCUGGAAAACGCAAUUAAAAAACUCCAGGCUGAGCUGAAAAAUGAGCAAAAAAGAAAUGAACAGUUGAGAAUGACUAUUGUGACAAAUGAAAGCCAAGGGAAUGAAAGAAAAUUGAUUGGAAGAGAAAUUUAUGAAGAUGAUACCAAAAAAAGAGGAAAAGAAGAAAGCUUGAGAGUGGAUAAACCUUCACCCACUCCAAUUAUGUAUAAGCCGAUUUCUCAAAGGGGGAUGAAAGAAGAGAAAAGAAGAUCAAUGGGCUUCACUUAA